CCUACAUCACACAGAUACCGUCAGUUUCGUCCUGCACCCAGGAGCAGCUGUAGCGCUUUUUUCAGCCGGCGCUGAGACGAGCUCAUUUUGGUCCUCGGUGUGCUCCGUAGCACGCAGUUCCACAACGUGCGAGCAGCGAAGUGAGGAGAACUCUUGGUUUGAACAGUAAAACUGCUGUUAACGCCGACUGAACAUACUGACAAUAAUGGCAGAAAAUCAAGACGAGAUGUCCCCAAUUGAGAUGAAAGUGGCACGACAGAUAGAGUACUACUUUGGAGAUCACAAUCUUCCGAGAGACAAGUUUCUUAAAGAACAACUACAGCAGGAUGACGGCUGGGUGUCUUUGGAGACGAUGCUUAAAUUCAACAGACUGAAGUCUUUAACCACAGACAGCAGCGUCAUCGUUGCAGCUCUCCAAAAAUCAAAGACUGGACUCUUGGAAAUCAGUGAAGACAAGACAAAAAUCAGGAGGUCUCCAGACAAACCCUUACCCGAACUGAAUGAUGAAUACAAAGAUGCUCUUAAACACAAAUCUGUGUACAUUAAAGGUUUUCCCCUCGAAACGACUCUUGAUGAGAUUCAGGAGUGGUUGAAUGGGAAAGGUGCCAUAGAAAACAUUCAAAUGAGGAGAAACCUGCAAAGGCAGUUCAAGGGAUCAGUGUUCAUCUGUUUUGACACAGAAGAGUCAUCCAAGCAGUUCCUAGAACGUUCAGACAUAAAAUCAUUCAAAGACAAUGAGAUGCUUGUGUUAUCAAGGGAAGACUACCAUGCAAAGAAAGCAGAAGAGCGAAAACAGUUCAAAGCAGAGACAAAAGCGAAAGCUAGACAAGACAAGGAGCAACAGCAGAAACAUGCAGAGGAGAAAGAAAUGGGUCUGCUUUUGGAUGAACAGACAGGUUGCUUGUUGAAGUUUUCAGGAGAGCUUGAAGAUGUUUCAAGAGAGGACUUUCAUGAGUUGUUCUCUGGGCACGGAAAGAUAAAGUGGGUUGACUUUACAAGAGGGGCCAAAGAGGGCACCCUGCUCUUUGAUGGAAACGCAAAGGAGGCAUUCGACAAGGCCAAAGAGGCAAAUGGAGGGGAGUUGAAAAUCAAGAACAACAGUGUUACAUGGCAGGUGCUUGAAGGAGACGAGGAGAAAGAGGUACUGAAGAAGAUCAUUGAAGCUCAACAGGAAUCAUACAGCAGGUCCAAAGGCAGAGGUGGCAGAGGAAGAUCAGGUGGCAGAGGAAGAGGAGGACGAAGAGGAAGAGGUGGCAGAGAUCAAGGGAAAACUCGGUACCAAGGCAAAAAGACAAAAUUUGAUAGUGAUGAUGAGGAGGAUGCACCUGCAGCCCCAAAGAGAGAACUAGAGGACGCCGAUGGUCCUGCAGCAAAGGUUGCCAAAACUGAAAACGGAUCUUAAUCAUGAGGUCACACCCAGAAUUUUCCUUUUGUGAAAAAAAUUUAUUAUAAACAGUGAAAAUACAGAGACAACUUUAAUUCAUUCCAGUGAAAGCUUCAGGCUUUGGAGAAUCUUAAGAAGUCCACCUGGAUGUCAACCUAGAGAACAAUUUGCAAUGCUUGGCAUCAGUUUUCAGCCUUUUAAGUCCCUGUAUUAUAUUGUGCCUCCCACAUUAUGUACCUAUGUUUCUCUUAAGAUGUUUUGAUUUUAUCAUUUUCAACAUGAAGACAGUAAUUUAAUUUCAGCAGGAUAUUUUAGUUCAUUUUGUAAGACCUGUGUGACAUCUAGAAUCUGUGCGCCACUGUUUCUUUUUGUUGUUUUUUUUUCCUUGUAGAAUUCCUACAUUGAGUGAACAUCUGCUUUGCUAAUUUUUUUAUGUUUGCAUAUGUGAAUAGCAAAUAAAACAUUUAUAAAAAUAAAU